AUGCUGCUGGGCGCCCCGCGGCCGGGAGCUGGGAUCGCGGCGCGGUGGGAGAAAAGGCUGCAGGCGGCCCUGGCCGGCCUCCAGGAGCUCCAGGUGCUGCGGAGAAGCAGCGAGCUGGUGCGGGCUCGCCCUGGCAGCCGCAGCGGCCCGGCGGGCGGAGAAGAGCAGCCCCUGUCCGCCCACAGCAAGGAGCACCGUCUGGAAGCCCUCUCCGCCCUGAAGGAGCAGCUGUCUCGUUUGAGGAGACAGGAUGUCGGCUUGAAAAGCCACCUGGAUCAGCUAGACCAGCGAAUAAGUGAGCUGAAAUUGGAUGUCAGUAAGACCUCCAGUGAAUACUUGGAUAGUGACAGCCGGCCCAGCUCAGGAUUCUAUGACCUGAGCGACGGUGGUUCUUGCUCACUAUCCAAUUCCUGUACCUCUGUGUACAGUGAAUCCAUCUCCUCCUCCCACACCAGUCUCUUGCCCAGCUCUCAACACCCUAAAGCAAGGCUCAGUGUGUUUGAUUACCGACCCAAGUCUGCAGAUGAAACUACUGUGCACACCACCAGCUUCCAACAGCAGGGGACCUAUGUCAGUGAUGGAUGUCAGAUUACAGCUAGCAGAGAUGUUUCUGCAGCUCCUGCCAGGUCCAGACCAAGGCCAGUUUCCACAGGUGACUUGGAAAGACUCACUCCAGCAGAUGCUAGAUUUCAGAAAGAGACGGAUCCCAAAUCCAUAUUGCCUCUGUGCCGUAACGGAGACGUACACUUGCUCAGCGUGGACCCCAAAUUCCAGAAUGACUUGGUCUCCAAGAAUGGCAUUGAUGUGUAUCCUUACCCAAGCCCCCUUCAUGCUGUGGCUUUACAAAGUCCCCUUUUCUCCCUGGUGGGCACAUCCCCAGAACUGGACUUCCAGGCUCCCAACAAACCUAUGCCUAGUGUGACAGGUCCCAGCUUGAUUAGGACUCGGCCAACCACUGAGGCCAAGCCAGGGGGUUACAUCAAUAAAUUACUGCAGCUGACGAGAUGCAAAGGGAACAGUCAGGCUGAUGCCAGUGAAUGGGUUCCAACAAAGAACCAACCAGCCGCAGUGCACCAGAGACUCAUUAUAACCCCCAGCGCCGGCGGAGUGAAAAUUAACAGCAGCAGUAGCCAGCUGGAAAAACAGGCGAGUUCUCUGGAAAGUAACAAAGCUGAAGGGAAGCUGUCGAGAGAGGUGUCAGAGGGGGAAUGUGCCAAGCAGCAUGAGACCAUGCGCUGUGUGAAUGAAGAACAACCAUUCACUCGGCCUGAUACAGAGCCAUCAGCUGUGAAUAGUUGUUACCCUGCCAAAUCAGCAGCAAGGGGUUCUUCUCUGGCAGAAGCAAUGGAUAGCAGCAUAGAGCACAGUUCAUCAUACUCACAGCUGUGCCAGGAGGACUCUAGCCCAGAGACCUGGAAUGCUAAAGCUGUCCCACCCAGAAAGCUGCCCCUCAAAAGGUAUGACAAUGCCAAAUCGACUAGCACUGGGGGUCAUGAGCGAGUGGCAGGAACUGAGUUUGUUCAUGCUCAGUUUGUCCCUGCAGAAUCCCACCAAGUCCGGGUAAAGUUUGCCAGCUCCAAAACAAAGGCAGUGAAGAUAAAGAGAAGGAACAGUGAAAAGGUGCUACGGCCUGGGAAGCAAGCCUUCUGCGUGGAGAAGGCAAGAGGGUCCCAUGGGGCCACCAGGCUGCCUGCUGAGUGGAAUCAGCCCCAAAGGCCACAAGGAGUGAAGAAUCUCGUGCGGAGACCUUCUUAUUCUGGUGACGUGACUGGCAGGUCAUGCUCAGAAUCUAGUCUGUUCCCUGUGCAAGUCAGGCUCCCCACCGUGUCAUCCAGGCCAGAGCUCUACGGAGCCUCUGCCAGUGCACUGCAUUCCCUCGAAGCAGCUUGUGUAGACACAGCCAACAAGAAGAAGCAGCGCAAGUGGCAGUCCACAGUGGAGAUCUCUGCCAAGGCCAACCUGGCCAGCGUGUCUCAUAGCUUUGGCCUGGGAGCGCCAAGGCAGCCAGCAAGGAGAGCCGGUGUCCUGCGCACUGUCAGUAUGAGGGCUCGCUCCAAGAGUCAGCGCCACGGAGAUUAUGCCAAAAGCGAGUCAGACCACUCAGAGUACUCUGCAGAGUGCGCUUCCCUCUUUCACUCUACAAUCGCAGAGACCAGCGAAGGGGAGGUCAGCGAUUUCACAACUAACCGUUUUGGGGACAGUGAGUCCAGUGAAAGCGAUUUGGAUGGCAGCAGUAACAGUAGCAGUCUUGCCCUUGACUACGAUGAGGGGGAUGAAAGUGAACUGAUUUGGCCUGAAGGUUCAGUCAGACAAUCAGGGACUGUCCAGGCCUCUUCCAAGCCUCUUCCCCCUGUGCCCAAAAUCUGUCGCAUCAAAGCUUCAAAGGCACUAAAGAAGAAGAUAAGGAGAUUCCAACCUGCCUCUCUGAAAGUCAUGACCAUGGUUUAAGGGAGAGCAAGCAUCUGUUUCUUAUAAUGAGGUAUCCUGCUG